UAAAAUCUUAGUGCGAAAUUACACCGUGUCUUUGUGAACCAGCCUGUAUUUAUAACAGUUCGCUUUGUGUACGUGUAUGCGUGCAUACGUGCGUGCGUGCGUAUACACGCCUGACCACGACCCACGCUCCAAACCCAGCGCGAUGUUUUCUCAGCGACUCGGGACAGUCUGUCGAGAAGAAUCGUGAGAGAAUGUGGUUGGUUGUCCCGCUCCUUCUACUCUUCGCAGUGUGCACGUAUCGCGCUGAUGAUGAGAUCGAGACUAAUGAAAUCGAAGGCCGCGUUUCGGCUACUCCACGCGAAGCGCAAUACGUGCGUGACGUUACGCUCGCAGAGAUCUUUGAGAACGCGGUCCAGGCCUAUCUCGAAGAAAACUGGGACGGCUGCAUUACAGGAUUUAACGAUGCACUGCAUGGAUAUAAAAUGUAUAAACGUAUGGUGACGAUUUGCCGUCGAAAAUGUAAAGCCGAGGCGGCUGGCUUCUCACCAAUCUUCGCGGAGGACAUUGAAGAUCUGCACUUUUAUGAGAGAAAAGUGAGAGAGACGCUCUGUUUGAUGAAAUGCAAUCAGGAUUACCGUGAGAUCGCAGGUGCGGGGGCGCUUAAACGUCUCCCACGCGUUACGGAAGAAAAGCUUGCCAAUCUUACCAUCUAUGAGUAUCUUCAUAUCUGCUAUUUUCAAAAAGGAAGAUAUCAAGAUGCAGCGAAUGCAGCCUUUACCUUUCUCUCCCUACAUCCUAAUCAUGAAAUGGUCAUGAAGAAUCUUAAAUACUAUCUGGAUCUACCUGAUGUGAUCGUAAAAGAAGUUGUGAAUUUAGAGGCGCCUCCCUUUAUACAAAUGUACAUUCGAGGAGUUCAGGCCUAUGAAGCUGAGAAUUAUGUGGAGGCUAUCGCCGAGUUUGAGACUUCCCUCGAAUCUUACAUGGAAUUCGAGGAGAACUGCAGGAGCUAUUGCGAGGGGCCAUUUGAUCAAGGAUGGUAUCCUGAAUUUACCUCUUCGGUAGCAAAUCAUUUUGCAUUUUGUCUAAAGUGUAAACGUGGAUGCUCACUUGCGAUGAACAACGUGAAUGGCAAUUUUCGGGCUGAUCUGCUUAGAAGCCAUUAUAAUUAUUUACAGUUUGCUUAUUACAAAUUGGGCAAUCUAAAAAAAGCUUGUGCAGCAGUUGCGAGCUAUUUAUUAUUUCUUCCCGCCGACGAGACAAUGCUUCACAAUAAAGAUUAUUAUAGUAAUCAGCCGAAAGUGAAGGAAGAAUAUUUUACGCCAAGAGAAGAGGCGCUUUCCUAUGUGAAACGGCAAGAGUACGAACUAUUGUUGUUGUAUUACAUAUCGGAAGAAUUUGCAGUAAUAGAUGCUGCAUUCAAUACGUUUACCAAGAAGAUUAACACAAAAAAGGCUGAACAAAAAGAUGAACAAAAUUUAGGAAAGUAUUCUUCCUCGAUCUUGCAUCCACCUCCGGGGCACUCUCCAUCCACGAGAAGGCAAUUCGUUGGUAAUCUAUCAAUAUUUCGGGAUGAAGAAGAAACGGAAGUACAAAGAAUUUAUACUAAAGAGCGGCUAGAAGUCACUGAUGAUGUACAAAUAAUAGCAGGAGAAAAAGAACUCGGCGGGAAAAAUCGCUACGCAGCUGACGGUCUUCUCAAUUCCAUCGAAUGCGAUCUGCUUAUGCAACUAACUCAGAUCGCUAUAGAAGGUGAUGGCUAUGAAGAAAACAAGAGUCCGCAUUCGCCUUAUGAGCGUUUCGAAGGUGUGACCCUUGGCAGGAUGGCGUUGAUGAUGUACUUUAAUCUGACGAAACCGGAUCUAUUGGAAUUGUUUCUGGAACGCACAGAAGCGGUUCGCGAUCAUGUGGAAAGGUAUUUCGACCUUGACUCACCACUGUAUUUCACCUACACCCAUUUGGUCUGCCGAACGGCUUUACCCGAUUCACCGAUGGAUCGGAUGGAUUUGAGUCAUGAAAUUCACGCUGAUAAUUGCGUGAUAAAAGACGGAGGUUUCUGUCUACGAGAGGAUCCUGCGUACACGUGGAGAGAUUACUCGGCGAUUCUGUAUCUCAACGACGAUUUCGAUGGUGGCGAGUUCUUUUUUGUCGAGGACUGGAAGAGUCGCCGCUGCCAGAGCAUUGUUCGGCCUCGAUGCGGACGUAUGGUGGCAUUCUCCGCCGGUGGUGAGAAUCUUCACGGGGUUCAAGGUGUACGCAAAAAUAAGAGGUGUGCUGUGGCAUUGUGGUUCACCCAGGAUGAAAAAUAUCUGGAGUAUGAGAGAGUGGUGGCGAAUACUAUGCUGACGAGAGUUCGCACCUUGGGUACUGUGCAACACGAGGGUAUCCGAAUACCUUUCAGAUACGAAGACAUGUUGAUCCAAUGUUUUAAAGAAGACGAAAUAUUGAGGAACAUAUUGAAAGAAGGAAGAGCCAACAAAAAAAAAAAAUAUUGAUAGAAAUUUGAAAAAAUGUACGCAUAAAUACCUCUCUCCCUCUCUCCUCUCUCUUUUUACACACAAAUGCAUACAUAUAUACGCGCGCGCAUAUACACACUGCACACAUAAAAAAUAUAUAUUAUUAUUUACGCGCAUAUACACGCAAAAUAUUUCAUAUGAAAUUUUUUGGAUAGAUUUUAAUUAUUUUUAUGAUAUAACAAAAUAUGUAAUAUCUUGUGAAGUGUUCACUGUUCAGUAAAUUUAUUUAAUACUUUUAGACAUAGAAUAGUAAGAUGAUGAGUUAAUUAUAGAAUUAUUAUAAUUAAUUCUAUUUUUUUAUUCCAUAAAAAACUUUUAACAAAUAUUUUAAUGGAAGAGAGACAAUUUUACACAUACAAGAUAUUGCAUAUUUUAUAUUACAAUAUAUCCAAAUUAAAGUAUGAUAUCUCGAAUGAUGAAGAAUAAUGAAGAGAAUUUUCAACAAGUCUGUCCAAACAGAUCUUUUCUGCUAAAAAUUUUUGUUAAUAAAAAGUCUAUAAAUUUAAUUUAGAGUUAAUUUCAAUUAUCGACAAGCUGUCAAUAGAACGUUAACAGAGCAUGCUUUAAAAAAUUUUAAUGAGAAAAGACUGCUUUUGAAAUACAUAUUCAGAUAUAAUAAACAUAUCGAACGUCCAAUUAUGUCUGAUAAUCUGAUCAAUUAAUAAUCAAUAGAAUCAUUUUUCCUUCAUAAUUUGAAAGUUAAUUUUAGGACGUGUGCAAAUUUUUUUUUUUAUUCUAAUGAGUACAUACUAGAUGACACGCAUGUACUGGGCAUGUAAAGUUUAUUGUACAUACUAUGAAUUUUUGAAUACCGUGUAUGUGCGUGCGUGCGCGUAUGCAUAUAUGUAUAUAUGUAUACACACAAAUGAGAAUAUAUUUAAUCCUAAAAUACUUAAUUCGUCAAAUAAUAUAAAAAGUAUGUAUUCUAUUUUAUUUAUAUGACAAAGUCUGUUGAAAAUAUGUAAUAUUUAUGUUGCAGAAUUAAUUUUAAUAGCUUUGCUGUGUGUUAAAGUUUUUCUAGUCCGCACAUAUAUAUACAUAUAUAUAUAUAUAUAUAUAUAUAUAUAUAUAUAUAUAUAUAUAUAUACAAUAAAAUGCACAAAUUCAUAGCAUAUCUCUCAUAUAUGUAAUUAAUUUUUGAAUUAUUUAAUUAAUUAGUAUAAUUUAAAUGUAAAAAGAGCACGCAGAAAAUAUAGACCGUUACGACUAUCGCAACAACGAUUUAUAGAAAAUAUCCUAAAUCUUUAUUAUAGAGAAAAUGAACUUAUUACAUGUCAACGAAUUUACAUAACCACUGGUUAUCAUGCAACAUGUGUGUAUUAUCGUACUAUAAAUACGAUUUAUACUCUCUUUGUAUAAGAGUUAUAUAUGCACAAUUGCGUUUUAAUUGUUUGGCUGUAUGUGUCUUCUUUUUCCUCUUUCUUUUCUAUUUUUUAUCAUGCAAUACCGAGCUUUGGCAUCACAUGAUAUAGACACUUUAUACGUCCCUUCGUAAAAUCAAUUCCAUGAGUUAAGCAAGUAUACAUGGUGUAAUUAUCCAUCGUAAUUAUUAAUAACACACGCACACCAUGUCAUUGACGUCUAUAUCUCUCAUCGAGAUAUAAUCAACAUCUUUUCGUCGUUGUUAUAUUAUGAAAUAAAUACAUGAAAAUACAAUCGUGUUGGAUUGGCCAAUAAGAUUGAAGUAAAUUUAGGUAGAAAAAAUGAAUUGGAAGGGGAAACGGAGGGGUGGAAAGAGAAUAAAAACCAAUACUCAGAUUCUCCUCUUUUAAAAAAUUAUGAUUAGCAAAAUUUUCCAUAUGUGCAACUUUAAACAAAUGGACAUCUGAAUUUUUAUUUUAAAAGAUUGGGAUACACAUAGAAUAUGAAGAGAAAUUUGAAUUUGAAAGAAAUUGUUGAGGAAACAAUUAUUAAAAUUGAUGAAUUUUAAAUCCAUUCUGAGGAGAAAUAGCAUACAAAUUUAGAGAAAGGGAGAGGAAGAGAGAUAGAGAGAAAAUUUAAUAUAUGAAAUAGGAGAAUAUGAGUUUUGCUUCCAUAUUCUUCAUAUCUGAGCUUUCCUUAUCGCAGUUGCUGCGAUAGUGAUCGUCGUUAUUUCGUCGGGAUCAGUCAGGAAGAAAGUGAUAACGCGAUUAUAUACGAUAUGUCGUAAUAUAUAUAUAUAUAUAUAUAUAUAUAUAUAUAUAUAUAUAUAUAUAUAUGUAUGUAUGUUUUAAUACAAACGUUUAUUAUGAAAUUAUAGUGACAUCUGCGUAUCACAGGAGAGCUCAGUCGAUUCUUCAGAAACCACUCCAUAUCGUUGUCAUUUUACAUGCGCAUUAUAUUCCAUCCAUUCAAAUAUGAAAGAAAGAUGUAAUUGUAAAAUCGCAUGCCACGUUAAUAACGGAAUAAAAAUUGCGCGGUAAAUUUUUUAAAUUAUUUAUACUCGCGCACUACCUGAAUUCUCUUCAAAUUAUAGAUAAUAAAUAUUUAUUAUACAUACAGGAUGUAAAUUAAUUAGUACCAAAUAUUCUCUAGGAACGUAUGGUUAUCCAACAUCAAUUGUUUUACAUCCUAUAUAUAUGUACAUGUAUAUGUUACACAGUUUAAAUUUAUUUGAUAUUAAAAUUUAUCGCAGCGAAUUUUUAAUAUCUCGAAUGGAGUGGUCACUCGAGUUUCGUCGUAUGUUAUAGAUGUUUUGUAUUGCUCUUCGUAUUACUUAAUAUCGCUUUUUUCUCUAUAUGAUAAUUACAAUUAAAAAUCAAUCUCGAAAGUAACGCUUUCGCGUCAGUUUAUGAAAGAUAGGCGCUCAGAGAGAGAGAUGUAAAAAAUAUCGCAAGAACGCUAACAAUAAUAAUGAACGCUAAUAAUAAUAAUCUCUUACCGAUCGUAACAUUUCUUUGAAACAACAUCAAAUGUAAGAAACGAUAUGUCACGUCUCGUAAGCAAUUAUUAUAAUGAAAGAACGUAAUUAGCGUACAUUUUAGUGCCCGUCGACUCUCAACUAGAUUCUUCUCCAACUUUCGAGAUUUUAUCUAACAAACCUUCUCUAACGAUUAUCAAUAAGAUUAUUAGUUUCAAGCAUAGAAUUAAAUUCUCUUAGACCCGGACAGCGAAUAUCGUGUAUAUUCGCUUGUAUAAUUCGAGUCAGACUUCUUACAAUAGUUACAUAAUUCUGUAAUCUUAUAUGUACAUGCGCGCAUUUAAAAGAUCGAUUUCACAAUUUUCGGAGUUUAUUUACUCUAAUGUAGCAAAAUACUCGCAAAGAAAAAUUAUGAAUGGUACGCGAAGAACUAUUCUAUUACUUUGUGAAAAACAUUUUAUCAAUAAAAGAUUGACAUUUAACUCA